AUGUGCUGGUUCCGUUCCGCGGGGUUGACUCUUUUCCACGGAACAGAAACAGCAGCAGUGGCAGCAGUAGAGCGCACAGGGUGGCCGCCCCUUCUUUCAUGCGGGGUUCCUGUCCGUUUCCUUCUGGGGGCAGAGGGGGGCGGCCCUUUUUCCCUUCCGCGGCGGUGGCUCAGAAACAGCUGCAGCAGCGGACGAGCGAGUUCCGGGGGAGCCUUGCUUCAAAUGUUUCCCCAUUUGGCGAUUGUCCAAAGGCAAGGAGGCAGCGGGAGAAAGGGCGCAGAAGAAAACUGCCGUCCCUCUCCGACAGUGCUAAUCUCCGCGGUCCUGCAGGGUUUUCUGAGAUGCGGAGGAGAGGGGGCAGGCGGACCCGCCCCAGCCUUUUUUGCUUUUGUUUUUUGUUCUCCGUCUCUGUCUCUGUCUGAGGGUUCCGUUGUUUUCCUGCCACGCUGGAACAAUAACCCGAGAAAGAAAAGACGUUGUAAGCUCUUUGUUCUCUCUGUGUGUGUCUGCUGCAAAGGCAGUCAAUGGUACUUUGGGAGCUUGGGAUUUUAUAUAAAAGUAUGUUGGGCAGAGAGGUGCGGGGGAGGGGGAAGACAGCGAUUAGGAAGUAUACGGUUGGUAUAUAUGUAUCUGUCGAUGGUUGAAUCUACCAACAUAUUUGACAAGACACAUAUCAUAUAUCAGAAAAGCGGGGACUGA